UUCUCUUACUUAACUAACCACUGAAGAUCUCCACUCUCUCUCUCUCUCUCUCUCUCUCAUCCCCGACGGGCGAGGCGACUAAAUCAUGGAAGUCGUCCACCACUCCUCCGCCUUCCUCCUCCCCUCGGUCGCCCCCGACCACCGUCCGUCCCUCAACUACGCCCUCAUCGUCCUCAACCAGCGCCUCCCCCGCUUCACUCCCCUCCUCUGGCAGCACGCACAGCUGCGGCUCUGCGCUGAUGGAGGCGCCAACCGGGUGUUUGACGAAAUGCCCGGCUUGUUCCCUCACGAAGACGCUGUUGCCGUCCGAAACCGGUACAAACCAGAUGUUAUCAAAGGUGACAUGGAUUCUGUUAGAACAGAUGUGGUGGAUUUUUACAUCAAACUGGGAACUAAAGUUGUAGAUGCAUCUCAUGAUCAGGACACCACUGAUUUGCACAAAUGUGUGUCCUUCAUCUGUGAUUUCACUCCCGACCUAGAAAAAUCUAAGUUAUGUAUCUUAGUUGCGGGAGCACUAGGUGGACGAUUUGACCAUGAGGUUGGAAAUAUCAAUGUUCUAUGCCGCUUCAAGGAUACAAGAAUAAUCCUUAUAUCUGAUGAUUGCCUGAUACAUCUGCUUCCAAAAGCCCAGAAUCAUGAGAUCCAUGUUUUGUCAUCUGUUGUGGGUCCACACUGCGGACUUAUUCCAAUUGGGAUGCCAUCUAGAAGUACUACAACAACCGGUCUCCAGUGGGAUCUCAGCGAUACAGAGAUGAAGUUUGGAGGGUUAGUUAGUACAUCAAACAUUGCAAAGGGGGAGACUGUCACUGUGCAUUCUGAUUCUGAUCUGCUUUGGACCAUAUCGAUCAAAAAGUCCCAAGACAGUUCGCCGUAAACAUGUCUUGCAGAAGCUACCAAUUCUGUCGAUUUUAUGAUUGAUUCUUUAUAAUUGCUGAGGGUGGAAUCUUCCUCUGUCCAUAUUGGAUCCGUGUAUUUGUUCUCUACUAUUCAACCGUGUUUCUCGUAUUCGAUUCAAAUAAUUGUAAUGCAUUUUCUUGUGCAACAAUUUGUCGUGUCAUCAAAUAUUGUAAUCUGAGUUCCUCUUGUGCAGA